AUGACAAUUUACUCCCAAAACAAAACUUCUUGUUUUAUGCUGUCCCUCUUCUGUAAAACGAAAAAUACACACCCAACUCAAAGGUUUGCGUCUUUCUCUACUCUUAAACUUUCAGUCUGUGCUUCUGAUCAACCCGUAACACCGGAGCAAACGGAACUUGUCGGAGGAGAAAGUCACCCGAAAACGAAACUUUGCCGGAUCCAUCAACCGUGUCGGAGACACGAAGACGUCGCCGGAGUUCCUCGAUCCAUUCGCUACUCGUUGACCGGAAGAGGAGUGAUGCAUAGAGAAACUGCAGAGAAAUGGUUGUUGGUGGUAUAGAGAUUGGACCAGAAUAGUGUGAGGUAAACG